AUGGCCACAAUUAUGUCUAUUGACACUGAGUUUGGUUGGUAUUACAUGUCAUGCGGAGCCUGUUCUAAAAAGGUUCUCCCUCAUGAUAUGGAUUACUUAAAAGAACUGUAUCCUGAGAAAACAUUUAAGAAACAAUUGUGGCAGUGCAAAAAAUGCAAUGAGGAUGUUGAGAAUGUUUAUCCAUCGUUUAUGUUGACUUUCCGUGUCAUGGAUAAUACUGGAGAAACUAAAUUCCUCUUAUUUGACCAAGAGGCAAAAGAAGUUGUAAACCAAACUGCUGCUCAGUUAACUCAGUCUGUUAAUGAGAUUCAGAAUCCUGAUGUCUUGCCCUUAGCUUUGAGCAAUAUUUGUGGUAAAACUGACACAUACAAGGUCAUCAGUAUAAUUACACAAAGUGAUGUGGUUAAGGAGUUUUCUGAAAUCUCUACUCCUCAGAGCACUCCAAGUAUCAAGAUAGAGGAAAAAGCUCACAAUGCUCUUGAUGAAAAGGUUCCUUUAAUGAUUAUGGAUGAUGAUGAUGCUGAAAUUACACCUACUUCUAAACGCAAAAGCAAUGAAAAGUUGGAAGUGAUUAAGGAUACUGAUGAGUAUUCAGCUGCAAAGAAGAAGUGUAAGGAUGAGAAAACUGUUCAGACUAAUCAAAGUACUCUACCGCUUAAGACUGUGAAAACAGAGAAGCCAUGA